ACUCGACAGGGCGCAGUUGUUCCGGACAUUCUUGAGGUUUAUGUUUCAAUUGCGACAAAUGACAUUUCGUGUCAUCGUUAGUGUUAACCUCUGACCUAUGCUGUUAGGCUAUUUUGGGUGAAUCAAAAUGCGCACGGUAUCCUGACUGCACUGUUGUAGCAUUUCAGAGUUCAAGUAUUGAUAGUGCGAAAAUAUGGAUUCGGACCAACCAGUUGCUGCAAAUGGUGGUGGAAAUGAAGAACCAAAUAAUGGAUCAGAACAGUCUGCAGAAUUUGCCUACAUCAAUAGAGACCAAUUUACAUCAGAAGCAUUCAAAAUAGAAAUAGGGAAUAUCCCGAAAUAUUUUGGAUUCGGUGAAUGCAAAAAGUUGUUAAAGAACAAAUUGAAAUUGAAUCCUCAUAAAAUCAAGCAUAUUCCCAAUAUAAGAAAAAUCUAUGUGACUUUUCGAAAUGAAGAAGACAAAAACAAUGCAUUAGAAAAAUUGUCCAAAUAUGAAUACAAACGUUGCAUUUUUGAUGUGAAAAGUGCAAAACCAAAGUCUGAUGCCAUGGCAGUAAAACGUGGCGCUAAUGAUGAUGAUGUAGAAUCUCGUAAUCCAAAAAAAAAUCGAUCUGUGGAAGAUGAUAGUUUGUCAACAUUGACACCAUCUGAAUUGAUUGUGACAAAUACUACAAAAUGGCACGAUGUUCCAUAUGAAGAACAACUAACAAGAAAAUAUUCUGCUAUAAAAGAUUUUCUUUGUAUUUUAAGAAGCAGAUUGGGAAAGCAUAAUCUGGAUAAUGAGGUAUUUGUAUGGAUUAUGAAAAAUAAGGCUGAAUAUAAUGGAAUGUGUUGUCAACUACAUUCAGUGUUGCCUUCUCCUGUUGUAUCUAAAUACAGAAACAAGAGUGAAUUUACUGCUGGAGUGAACACAGCCGGUCAAAAAACUCUUGGAUAUCGUCUGGGAAAAUAUAGAGACCAAACUUGUGCUGUAGAAGAAACUGAUGGCAUUAUGAUUUUACCCGACAAAAUGAAGCAAAUUGCUAAAAAGUUCCAAGAAUUUAUUAGAUCUUCUGAUAAAGAUUGUUAUAACCCUCAGACAUAUGAAGGCCAUUGGAGGCAACUGACUGUAAAAACAACUUUAUCUGGUGAAGCUAUGGCAAUUGUUAUUACAAGCCAGAAGGAUUUAAUUGAAGAAGAAGAGAUAAAAGAAAGAGAUGCAUUAAAAGAGCAUUUCAAAUCUGAACCUGAGAAUCAACUGGUUUCGACACUUCUAUAUCAGUCUAUACCCACACAUAGAGGAUCGGGAGAAGAAAUAAAAGCACCUCAAGUUUUGUUUGGUAGUGGUUUUAUUACGGAAGAUCUACUUGGCUUGAAGUUUCGUAUUUCUCCAGAUGCAUUUUUCCAGUGCAAUACUCCUGCAGCCGAAGUUUUGUAUACAAACAUUGGUAAAAUGCUUCAGCCUGGUUAUGUUCAAGACUACAAAGAGACAUUGGAAGAGAAAGAUCAGAGUGAGCAAGGCAUUGAAGAAGAUCAUAUUGAGGAUUCAGAUAUGAAGAAUAAUGUUAUAUUGUUCGAUGUGUGUUGUGGAACUGGAACUAUCGGAUUAUCACUUGCAUCGAAAGUUAAACACGUUGUUGGGAUUGAGUUAUGUCAACCUGCUGUUGAUGAUGCAAAGAAAAAUGCUGAAAUUAACGAUGUUAAAAAUGUGGAAUUUCAUUGUGGAAAAGCAGAAGAUCUUCUUCCACAAUUAGUUAAAAAGUAUUCAAUCAAUCAUGAAAAUGAAAUUGUUGCAAUAGUUGAUCCCCCUCGCCCAGGAUUACAUACCAAGGUGAUUCAGUGUCUCAGAAAAUGCCCAAUCAUACAGAAAAUAAUUUAUGUUUCUUGCAAUGCCAACUCUGCCAGCAAUAAUUUUAUUGACUUAUGUAGGCCUGCGUCAAAUCGAAUGCCUGGGUUACCAUUCCUACCAUACUGUGCUCAACCAGUAGACUUGUUUCCUCAAACUCCACACUGCGAACUUAUAGUUUAUUUUAAACGGACAAGCGGUAAGCAGAAAUCUGUGGAUGACGAUUCAAAAGCAGAGGAAGCAAAUCUGCCUGAAGUCCUGACAACUAUUGAUGAUUCUUCUGUGGCGUCUUAGUUCCAGCGUAAUCUGGUACCUGUAUCAAUCAAUCAAUCAAGUUUAUUUUUUUCCAACCAGUAAAAAUAAAUAAAUAGCACAGGCACAAAUUACAAGAAAAUA